CACCAAAGAUCCCCCGAAGUCCAAGGAAAGGAAAGAUUCCAAACACAACAUGCAGACCCUCCUGAAACUGAGCUGGAUCACAAUAAUUGGAGUUAUUGCAACGUUGAUUAUGGCUGGGACAGAGGCACAGAAGUUUCACAGCUGCUGCAAAGAGGUGUCUAGAACGGAGUUCAGUGGCCCCAUCACUGGCUACAGAAUACAGAAAUGGGACCCCCCUUGUGUCCAAGCUGUCAUCUUUGAGACAGAGGAGGGAGAGGUCUGCAUCCACCUGAAACAGGCCUGGGUUCUCCGGAAGAUUCGUCAUUUUGAGAGAUCAUCCCAAAGAAACAAGAUGUCCCCAACAUCCUCUGUUCCACAGUAUUCCACAGGAACUACUCGUUCAACCAGAGAGCUGAUCGCAUCAUCCCACAGAAACAACAUAUCCCCAACAUCCUCUGUUCCACAGUACUCCACAGGAACUACUGGUUCAACGAGAGAGCUGAUCGCAUCAUCCCACAGAAACAACAUAUCCCCAGCAUUCUCUGUUCCACAGUACUCCACAGGAACUACUGGUUCAACCAGAGAGCUGAUCGCAUCAUCCCACAUAAACAACAUAUCCCCAACAUCUUCUGUUCCACAGUAUUCCACAGGAACUACUGGUUUAACCAGAGAGCUCAUCGCAUCAUCCCACAGAAACAACAUAUCCCCAACAUCCUCUGUUCCACAGUACUCCACAGGAACUACUGGUUCAACCAAAGAGCUCAUCACAUCUAACCAAUCAUUCACUGGUACAACAAAGGCCAAACUGCUAAAUCGACAAGCCUAACCAAUCCUUAUACCAAGAUCAAUUUUUUCACUUCUCAGGGGUACCUAUGUUUUUGAAUAUUUAUUGCAGGCCUAUUUUAUCCAUACAAGUGCAUUUGUUUUUAUUUAAAGCAUGUAAUGCAUAUUAUUUAAGAUAAAUAUAUUUAAUUAAUUUAAGUGUAAAUGAUAACUGUAAUUUGUUAAUUUGUUAACUGUAAAAAAGCUGUAAAAGCUCAGAAUGCCUUCACAGUGCAGGAUAUGUACACUUAUAGAUUUCACCAAAUGUGCAACCUUCAGAAACUAAAUAAAAACUGAAUAUUACAAAUGUUAUGAAUUUCCAAGCAAUUAUGUGAAUAAAAUAAAAAUGUAAAACCUCAA